UAAGCACUCUUCUUUCUAAAAGGAUAAAAAAGGCUUCAUAAAAGAGAAAUUCAGAUACAUCACAGACAUGGAAGGAUAAAUGCUCACAAUAAACUUGUGCCUUUAUAGUACUCAUAAGUAUUCCCAGCAGGCGGACUAAAAUGACCUAACUCAGAAGUGGAAAGUGGAGCUUUUGGUUCUAAAUCUAGGCUUUGACCAUCUCUUUAAAUUUUGUUUUCCAAAACUGAGAUAAUACUGAACUUGGUGUUUUCUUCAUAAAGCAGGUGUGGGAAAAAAAAAUUCCAAUUACUUGGUACCAGGAACAAUCAUUAACAAUUAUUUGUUGUGUCUAGGAGAAUUGUAUGAAUGAAUAAGGUUCCUAACAUCUUAUAUUUUCAUGUAUUUGUUCUACAUUUGUAUCAGAAAUAAUGCGGACUUUUUAAAAAAAAAAAAAACAAACUUUUUCUUCUACUUUCUACUGUAUAUUUGCAUUAUUUCAGGGCAUGACUGUGACUCUAUUCUUUAUUCUUUCCCCUUUUGUUGCCAAUUUUACUACAAGACUUCUGUAACUCAUUUGUCUAAAAUCUCUCUUGCUAGUUAACUUACUGGGUGGGCUGAAUUGCUAUGGAAGGUUAGAAGGAUUUUAAGGAAUUCCUUCUAUAUGUUGCUAAGAAGUAUUGCUAAUUUCCUCUGGAUGUUGAAUGGAAUGCCAAAGUCUUAACUUUUUUCUGUUAUGUAGAGGAGAGACCCUUGAUUUAGGGAUACCAGUGAUUUUGUUUGUAUCAAUUACAUUAACAUUGCAAUUCUUUACUGCUGAAUAUUGCACCUAAUUGUUCCCUUAAUAAGUUAUACAAAUGUGUGCUGUUCUUAUUUCAACUGGAAAUAAGUAACUGCUUCCAGUAAAUGCUGGAAAUUAUUUAAUGCAGCUGGAGACAAAAGUUGACAAUAACUCGAGUCUAAAAAGUGUGAAAUUAUUUCAUUUCAUUGUUGUGGUCUAUGUAGUCUAAGAAUGGAUUUCAGCUGAUGACACUUGGGGGAAAAAAACAACUUCCUUUUAAUUAGGGACAUAGAAAAGGGAACAUGAUAUAAGGUGAGCUGUAGGGCAUAUGUCCAUUGUUUAUAUCGUAAACUCUUCUCAGAAAUUUUUUUAAUGCAAGAUUUUUGAGUUCUGUGAUUGAGAUAAUACUUUAAUCUGAAAGUGAUUGUUUUUGCCUUCAUUCAGAGACUUUUCUUUUUCGUAGGAAAAAAAAAAAAAAACAACCCACCAGCAACAGAUGUAGCUUAUUUGUUCGGGUUUGGGGACGGGGGCGGGAGAGGAGAAAUGAGGGAAGAGAAUAAAGAAGGGAGAGAUGUAUCAGCGGGAGUGGUUAGUCUUUGAGGCUCAUUUGGCCUUUCCCCCCCUUUCUUGAGCCGAGGGGAGCUGGUCCCCACCCUAAGGUGGCCGAUGCCAUCACCAGUUCCCCUGACUCGUUUCUUUCCCAGAGAAUUUUCUCCUUCAGUGGAUUUGCGGCCCUGCAGCAGCCCUCUGGAGCUCCCAAGAAAGGGGGGGAAGCUGUUUUUAGAGGGAACUCCCUCCCCAAGGGCUCGGCGGCUACCCCGGAGACUGGCCUGGUGCUCCAUAGACUGGGAGCAGAUAUGUUUCCUGCAGAAGCUGGGAGCCGGGGGGUUUGGCUCCGUCUAUAAGGGCACCUACCGAGGCCUUACCGUCGCCAUAAAGCAAGUGAAAAAGUGCAGCAAGAACCGGCUGGCUUCGCGACAGAGCUUCUGGGCCGAGCUCAACGUGGCCCGGCUGUGCCACAAAAAUGUGGUGCGGGUGGUGGCCGCCAGCACUUGCACUCCUGCGGGUUACAACAGCCUGGGGACCAUCAUCAUGGAGUAUGGUGGCCCCACGACCCUGCACGACGUCAUCUACGGGGCUAGCUCAGCACCCGACGAUGAGGAGCCCAGAGUUGAGGAGCCCUUGGACCUGGGAAGAUGCCUCCAGUAUUCGCUCGACGUGGUCAGUGGUCUGCUUUUCCUCCACUCUCAAGGCAUCGUUCACUUGGAUCUGAAGCCGGCCAACAUCUUGAUCGGGGAGCAUGAAGUCUGCAAAAUUGGGGACUUCGGGUGCUCCCAAAGGCUGGAAGAUCUGCUGGGCCUGAGCGCCCACCAUUGCCACCUGGGCGGCACAUACACACAUCGGGCCCCGGAGAUCCUCAAAGGAGAGACGGUGACUGGCAAAGCAGACGUCUAUUCCUUUGCCAUCACGCUCUGGCAAAUGGUCACAAAGGAAGUGCCUUAUUCGGGUGAGCACCAAUACAUUCUGUAUGCGGUGGUGGCCUACAACCUCCGGCCACCACUCACAUCCCCGGUCUUCACCGACUCCAUACCUGGCCAAAGACUGGAACACAUUAUCCGAUGCUGCUGGACUGCGGACGCUUUGCUCAGACCCAGCUCAGAACUGCUCCUGGGUGAUCUUAAUUCCUUGCGCACUAACUUGGCAGGCUUGAAUGCUAGAAGUUAAGUCAACAAAAAGCUUUCCUAUGUGUCUGCUCGUUUCUGUGUUUUCUCUUUCUCUUCCCUUGCUUCCAUGUGGAGAGUUGGAAAGAUUUUUUCUUUUAAAAAAAAUGUUUCUUGAUUGCAAGAGAGACUUUUAAAAAAAUAAAAUGACGUGAACUUU